AUGUCAUUCCGACUGCCUGGAAUUCUCAACCACUCUCUGCGCACACCGCUCAUCCUCGGCGGCAGCAUUGGCUUCUCGGCCGCACUUCUCACCCUCAGACCGCAACGCCKACCAGUUCUCCUCGACUCGUCACCUUCCGCCGUCAGCCCCAAAGAUUGGUCAUUCUCUCAAUAUCAAAACGAUGCUUCUGUUCCAGUCACCCGAAAGGGCCACAUGAACCCAGGRGCCAUACGACAACUGACGACUGGCAGUAUCAUAGGACUGGUCGCAGGCCUCGGUCUAUCGGUAUUCUCCAAGUCACUGGUGCUCAUAGUCGGCCUUCUCAUCGCUGGUGUUCAGACAGCAGAAAGCUAUGGAAUACACCUAAUCCCGUACCGGAAAUUGCAGGGCUAUGUCAAAGGCAUCGAUCUUCGCAGUGCAGUGCAGGACAAUGUUGGAUUCAAGAUCAGUUUCGGCCUCAUGUUUGCCUUGAGCGCGUUUGCAGAGCUUUGA